ACUCACUCUCAAAACCUAUACAAAAUUUCUGCUCUCUCUUUCUCUCUCUGCGUUUCUCUUUCUCUCAAUCUGAUUGUUACCACUACGCCAUUUCAUCAGAUACCCACUUCUUCUUUGUUUCACAAAAAAAAUAGCAACUUUCUGUACAAUUCUCCACCGAUGGUGCAGACUCAGUUUGAGGAAUCGUUGUUGAUGCCUCUCCCACGUUUGAGACCUGAGAGUUGCUAGUCAAAUAUAUUUUUGAGAAGUGUUAGAUCCUCUCUUCUUCAAAAUUUGGGCACUGUGUAAGGUUGGCAGUGCCCAUGGAUGCCACUACAAGCGGAACCCCAACUAUCCAAUACCAUGACAUCCCUGAACAGCCAAUUACUGCCACACAAUUGCCGACAUUUCAACGGCAGCAACGCCAUUGCUUCGGAAACUCCGGUCCCGGAGAGUUUCCUUUGUCUGCUAAUCCAUCCAUUGUCCUUCAUGUCCUUACAGCAUGUAAUUUGUAUCCACAAGACCUUGCUAAACUAGAGGCAACAUGCUCCUUCUUCAGGCAGCCAGCAAACUUUGCUCCGGAUUUCAAUUUGUCGUUGUCGGAGCUUGCCGCGCUGGACAUGUGCCAGAAGAGGGCCAUUUUUAAGCCACUGACAACAGAACAACGACAACAUUUGAAGCAAAGAUGUGGUGGUUCUUGGAAAUUGGUUUUGAGGUUUUUGCUGGCUGGAGAAGCUUGUUGCAGAAGGGAGAAAUCACAGGCAAUAGCAGGUCCUGGUCAUAGCAUUGCUGUGACAUCAAAAGGGGUUGUUUAUUCAUUUGGGUCUAAUAGUUCAGGACAACUUGGGCAUGGCACCACUGAAGAGGAAUGGCAACCUCGACCAAUCAGAGCUUUGCAAGGUAUCAGAAUAAUACAAGCUACUGCUGGGGCUGGGAGGACAAUGUUGAUCAGUGAUUCUGGGAAGGUUUAUGCUUUUGGGAAAGACUCUUUUGGUGAAGCUGAGUUUGGAAUUCAAGGAUCUAAAAUGGCUACUAGUCCGCAGUUAGUCGAGUCUUUGAGAAACAUAUUUGUUGUGCAAGCUGCAAUUGGAAAUUAUUUCACAGCUGUACUGUCAAGAGAAGGCAGGGUUUUUACAUUUUCUUGGGGUAGUGAUGGCAAACUCUGUCACCACACUGAUCCAAAUGAUGUGGAACCCCGCCCUUUAUUAGGAGCUCUGGAACACACACCUGUAGUGCAAAUAGCUGCUGGAUUCUGCUACCUGCUUUGUUUGGCUUGUCAACCCAGUGGAAUGUCAGUGUACUCUGUUGGAUGUGGCUUGGGUGGGAAGCUUGGACACGGCUCAAGAACUGAUGAGAAGUAUCCACGUUUGAUUGAACAAUUUCAGCUGUUAAACCUUCAGCCCAUGGUGGUUGCUGCUGGUGCUUGGCAUGCAGCUGUGGUGGGGCAGGAUGGCCGUGUUUGCACAUGGGGAUGGGGCCGUUAUGGUUGCUUGGGUCAUGGAAAUGAAGAAUGUGAAUCAGUGCCCAAGGUGGUGGAGGCAUUGAAAAAUGUCAAAGCAGUUCAUGUUGCUACAGGAGAUUAUACCACCUUUGUAGUAUCUGAUAAUGGUGACGUUUAUUCAUUUGGUUGCGGAGAAUCUGCUAGUCUUGGCCAUAACCCUGGAAAUGAUGAACAGGGAAACAGGUAUGCAAAUGUGUCAAGUCCAGAGCUUGUGACUUCAUUGAAACAGGUCAAUGAAAGGGUGGUACAGAUUAGUCUGACCAAUUCCAUAUAUUGGAAUGCACAUACCUUUGCACUAACUGAAUCAGGGAAGCUGUAUGCCUUUGGGGCUGGAGACAAAGGACAACUAGGAGUAGAGCUUGUUGCCAACCAGACUGAAAGGGGAAAGCCAGAGAGGGUUGAUAUUGAUCUUGGUUAAUUGUGUGUGCUAAUUGUGUGUGCCAGUGCCCCCCAAUUCCUUACAACAUGCAUCAUCCAAUUUAUGCACACCAUGCAUAGCACUUAGUGUUUUAGUCCCUUGUUUAUUCUGUAAAUAGAAUCAAAGAAUGCAUAGAUAAGGUCCAAGCUAGGCAACAGCUAACAAAGGCCUCUCAUCCACAGUUACUGUUAUAUUCUGUGGUUGAUAUUAGAUAUCUUGGGCUUCAACUAUAGGUUGAUAGCUGAAAUUGGUGAAGGUUCAUAUACAGCUUAGUUGUCUUGACUUUUGAAUUGGUUAUUAUAAGAUAAUUUGCUUAGACAAAGUUGGUGAAAUUUACUAAUUUAGUUUUCACUCGU